AUGGCGAAAAAUCUUCUCUUCAGUCCAAGCACAAAACACAUGUCACAUUCUGUCUCUGUCUCUGUCCACUCUCUGCCCACUGAAGCAACCGUUGAGACCGUCCAAUUCGAAACACUACUACAGCCAGUGCAUGCGUGUGAUGGUGACACAGAAAAGUCUUGGACAAGUGCAUAUCAACAUCACACACCUUAUAGCUAUGCAUACUUGUUGAAAGACUCUGAGGAUCAGCACACACAACUGCGAGUGUAUCGAGGACAGGACGCUGCCAAAAAUUUUGUAAAAAGCAUGAACGAUGAUAUUCAAUUCAUAGACAAGAUUUUGUUCGGCGACAAGAAGCUUAAAGUACCUAAGCUUACGCAGAAGGAACAGGAAGACUUCGAUGCUGCUACUGCCUGUCACGUUUGUAACAAAGGAAACUUUACCCAGGAAAACUGCAAGGUAAGAAAUCAUUGUCAUGUCAGUGGAAAAUAUCUUGGAGUCGCUCAUAGACACUGCAAUCUGUUUUAUCAAGAUCAACAUUUUGUGCCCUGCUUUAUCCACAACCUGUCAGGAUAUGACUCUCAUUUUAUCGUAAGAGAAUUAGGGUAUGACACAAAUGAAAUUAAAGUUAUACCCAACACUGAAGAAAAAUACAUCUCAUUUUCAAAAAUGGUUAAAGUGAAACAUGCCAAGAAUAAUGUGAUGGAAUUGAGAUGUUUAGAUUCCUAUAGAUUUAUGCAGGAUAGUCUCAGCAACUUGGCAAUUAACCUACCAAAACCUGAUUUUAUUGAAACAAAAAGAAAUUUUCCUGAAAAUACCGAACUGCUAACAAAAAAAGGAGUAUUCUGCUACGACUACAUGACUGCAUUUGACAAACUCGAAGAAAGACAACUUCCACCAAAGUCUGCAUUUUACAGUAGACUUAGUGAAGAGGAGAUAAGCGAUGAAGACUACAGUCAUGCGGAAAACGUGUGGAAAACAUUCAAUAUAAAAACAUUAGGGGAGUAUUCUGACAUCUAUGUAAAAUGUGACGUCUUGAUUCUGUGUGAUGCAUUUGAAAAUUUCCGCAAAACCUGUCUAAUGACAUACAACUUAGACCCUGCCUACUACUUUACUACACCAGGACUGGCAUGGGAUGCAAUGUUGAAAUAUACAGGCAUUCAACUCGAAAUCAUUAAGGACAUGGACAUGUUUUUGAUGGUUGAGAAGGGAAUUCGAGGCGGGAUCACACAGUGUAUCAAACGUCAUUCCGUAGCCAACAACAAGUAUAUAUCAAAAGACCCUAAUGUGCCCAGCAAAUAUUUAAUCUAUAUUGACGCAAAUAACUUAUAUGGGGAAGCCCUAAGUCGUCAUAUCCCUUAUGCUGGGCUCAAGUGGUGUGAUGAUUUAGAAAUUGAUAUUGAGUCCAUACCUGACGAUGCAGACGAGGGAUACAUACUUGAAGUUGACCUGGAAUAUCCACAAACGCUACACGACGACCAUGCUGACUUACCUUUCUGUGCAGAGACAAAAGUACCACCUGGAGGUGUACAUAAGAAACUUUUAACAACAGUUGAAGACAAAGAAAAAUAUGUGAUACAUUACGUAGCUCUAAAACAAGCAUUGAGUCAUGGAUUGAAGUUGAAAAAGAUUCAUCGUGCAAUUCAAUUCAAACAAAAAGACUGGCUCAAACCUUUCAUUAAUCUAAACACGGAAAAGAGAAAAAAUGCAUGCAACGAAUUCGAGAAAGACUUUUACAAAUUGAUGUCCAAUGCGAUAUAUGGGAAGACGAUGGAACAGGUUCGAAACAGACUCGAUAUCAGAGGGGAAAAAAAAGUUCUUGGGAAGUUUAAGGAUGAAUUAGGUGGUGAAGUGAUGAAAGCCUUUGUAGGACUACGAAGUAAGGUGUACGCCAUAGACAAGAGAGACAGUCCCAUCAAAAAAGUCAAGGGAAUCAAAAAAUCUGUUGUGAAAAACAAAAUAAAAUUUGAAGACUACGUCCAGUGUCUGUAUUCUUUUGAGACGAUGGAUGAGCUGCUACUGGAUGUGAAGAUUGUUCCGUUGAUGUUGGGUUGA